GAUAUCAAUUAACAUUCCGAUAAGGUACCAACCGAGCGUUUUAUUAUUAUUCACUUCAUUAAAAACGAUGAAUAUUCACGUGGCGUGAAUCCAGUGAAGUUGUCCGGAAGCUGAGAUGCCUUUACCGCAAGCUCUGUCCUCCCUGAGGAUCGUCGAUCCGUUUUGGAUGAAGGAACAAGCCUUAGAUGCCAAACAACAGGCAGCGUCCCCGGAGGAUACGGAGGAUCUGUCGCCUUUGCCGGCGCACGCGCAGCAACCGGUCAGACGCAGGGGCGGCAUCUCCGCAGAACCGGUCUCCGAGGAAGACGCCACCAGCUACGUGAAGAAGGUCGUCCCGAAGGAUUACAAAACGAUGGCGGCCCUCUCGAAGGCCAUCGCCAAAAACGUGCUCUUCUCCCAUCUGGACGAGAACGAGCGGUCGGACAUAUUCGACGCCAUGUUUCCUGUCAACUGUCUUCCUGGCGAGGCCAUCAUCCAACAAGGCGACGAGGGGGAUAAUUUUUACGUUAUCGAUCAAGGGGAAGUGGAGGUUUAUGUAAAUAAUGAGUUGGUGACGACAAUAGGCGAAGGUGGUAGUUUUGGCGAACUGGCCCUCAUUUACGGUACUCCCAGGGCGGCCACUGUGAAAGCCAAAACGGACGUCAAGUUGUGGGGGAUCGAUCGGGAUUCUUACAGAAGGAUUCUCAUGGGUUCCACUAUAAGAAAAAGAAAAAUGUACGAAGAGUUUCUUUCCAGGGUGUCGAUAUUGGAGAAUCUCGAUAAAUGGGAACGUCUUACGGUUGCCGACGCUUUGGAACCCGUCAGUUUCGAAGAUGGCGAAACAAUCGUACGUCAAGGAGAGCCGGGCGAUGAUUUUUACAUAAUCGUAGAAGGUACGGCGAUUGUAAAACAGAACAGAAUUGAAGGCGAAGAACCAACGGAAGUAGGGCGAUUGGGACCAAGCGACUAUUUCGGCGAAAUCGCCCUUUUGCUGGACAGGCCGCGAGCUGCAACCGUCGUGGCUUGCGGACCGCUCAAAUGUGUCAAACUGGACAGGGCAAGAUUCGAGAGGGUUUUGGGACUCUGUGCGGACAUACUGAAAAGGAACAUAACACAAUACAACAGCUACGUGUCCCUUUCCGUUUAAUACUUAACACCUUGACGUGAACCGAAAACGUUCAGCCAAAUUGAAAGUCUUGAUUUUUCGUAUAGAAACUGAAUAUUUCGUUUCAAAAACUGAACAUUUCAUUUUAAUAUUUAUCCGCUAUUUAUUUAUUUUUUGGGAAGCGAUACCGAAAUAUUAUUUUAGGCGGCAAAAUACUUUUUGUACGUUCCGCCAUCUCUGCCCUUUCUAACGAAAGAAUGAUUGUAUUCGGUAGCGCUUCCGAAGCUUUCAUUAAGUCUAUGAUUACAUAACAAUAUUAACGAUGCAUUAUGUAAUCCGGCCCUUUUCUGUUAGUCUUCAGCACCAAGUGGAAGGCGAAUUGCCAGUAAUGUUGUGUUGGCUAAAGAGUCUCUACCUACUCAGGGAUGCAAAAAUGGAUUUUCGGUCAGAGUGUUCUGUGGUAUGACAAAUACUAAAAUCAAAUUCGUUAUGUUCAGAAUCUGCGAUUGAGACAUGUUUUCACAUGAGCAGCAGUUUGUCGUUUUUUGUCGAUAUUUUUCAGUUUAUCAUUUGAUAUUUUUGAUUUCCUGAUUUGACUUGCUGAGUUGGAAUUUGAACUGAAACCUAAAUUAACCUUAAUCUCACCAUUAUUGAAAGAACUGAUUCGGAAAUUCCUGAUUCUAACCUAUAAAUUUGUAGAACUGACUAAGAAUGUCGAAUAAACAUUUUAACCUAGUUAACUUACAUAGCUUAUUCCUAUUUAUAACCUAAUGAAAAUUUGAUAGUUUUCAUCGCAAAAAAGCUUGGUAAUUAUUAUCUCAGAAUUUACUAAUUUUCGUUUUAGGCCGAGGAAAGUAUGUCUUGAAAUUAUUCAAACCACCAGGUGAAUUAUUUUCCACCCAAUAAUCAAAAAUGCUGACUUACUGUCAUUGUAUUGACCUAGUUGGACUCACGAAUAAAUAAAAAAUGUAUUGAUUCUGGUUCAUUGAGUGGAAAAUAUUUUCUACUUUCAUGGUGAAAAAUUUUCUGUCAAACCAAAAAAGACUAUCUGGAAAUUUCUAUAAUCCAAUUUAAAUAAAUGAAUAAAAAUACCAACUAAAACUAACCCAACAAUAGCGCCUCUUUCAAAUUUUAAAUUGAUUCGGAAAGUAAGAAUUUUGACGUACAAUCUCUAAGUUGAUGUGCAAAUCCUGACUUUUUUUGCUUCACAUGGCCUAGCGUGAAAAAAUCCUGACUUAUUUUCCCAAUACGGGCUGGUUUGAAUCAAUUUUUCAAUUACAAUCUAAAAAUGAAGUGAGUUUUGACGUGUUUACGUGACCAGUAAAAAUUCUUUCUUUUACUCCCCAAGACUGAUUGUAACUUAACUAUUGAAAUGUCCAUUAUUAGAGAUCAUUCAAUUAUUACAUGACUAGAAUUUUAUUCAGUUAAUUUUACCGAAUAAAUCAAAAUUAUUACUUACUCCUCAAACUGAUUUACUCAAUUAGAGACUCGUCAAAUGAAAUAUUUGUUAAUUAAAAUCUAUCAUAAUAAUUCCAAUGUCACUUGAAUGUUAGAUCACUAUAAUUGACUUACUGUUUCAAAUUUGGAUAAAUUUUAAAAUAGUGAGCCAAGGUUGUGAUUCACUGGCUUUGAGUUACCCAAAAAUUUUUAAGUCUUUUUUUAUCACUUAACAAAAUGAAUCAAUUUCGUUACUUUCUCCUCAAACUGAAAGUCCUGACACUGGGUAUAAAUUCUAACUGGCUCAAUAUAUUCAAUAAAGAUCCAGAACAAGUACCUAUAAAAGAAUUCAACUUCACCAAAUAGAUCAAAAUUGUUACUUACUCCUUAAACUGAUAAUCCUGACUUAGUGGGUAUAAAUUCUGACUCGCUCUCGGUUAUGCUGACUGAUUGAAAAUUGCGGCUUAUAUCCUGUGACUUACUUGAUAAAAGACUUGACAAAUAACAUAUUCGUUGAAUAAAACCAAUAAUUCCGGCUGUAGUUGAAAAUUAGAUCAGAAUAUUUGACUUACUGUAUCAAAUUUGAAUUAAUUUUAAAAUAGUAUGUCGGAUUCUGAUUGACUGGCGAAGAAUUAUUCAAUAUUUUUGUUUUUUUUUUUUCAUUACUCAACCAAGUAAAUCAAAUUUGUUUCUUCCUCCUUAAACUGAAAGUGCUGACUUACUGGGUAUAAAUUCUGACUUGCUAUCACUUAUGCUGACUGAUUACAAAUGACGGCUUAUAUCCUGGGACUUACUUAAUUAGAGACUUGUCAAAUUGAAUAUUUGUUGAUAAAUAUCUUUCAUAAUAUUUCCGACUUCAGUAUAUUUGAUUCACUGUAUUAACUUUGAAUCAGUUUUAAAAUUGUAAGCCAAAAUUCUGAUUUACUGGAUAAGAAUUGCUCAAAAUGUUUUAUUCUCGUUACUGAAAUAGUUUUUUUUGUUUUUGUAAAAAAAUAUUUGCAUUGUACAAAAUUGAUUGAAAGAUCGAUUCCCCAUAUUUCUUGUAAUAGUCCCCUCGUAAGUUUCCGCCAGAAGAUGCAGAGAAAUAUGAACAAGUUCUGGAAUAAUCAACUUCUCCCAUAUCUCUAUCCAAUUCAGUUUCAAACAGUUCAGAUUUGAAUUCCUUAACCUGCUGGUCCAAUAAUGGGGAGAAUCAUUGCAUCCGUGAUUACUUGGAAGAAGACAGCAGUGGCGAACGUAUCGUCAACAGCUACGACUAAAUCAGACCAGAGAUACAUUCUUCAAUUGAAAUCUUUGAGCUUAAUGGGCUGAAAAAUAUUGGCAACAGUUUCACGAACAGUAUAAUCUAAUGUUCACCAAAUACGAGAUGGUUACUGGAAUAUUUAAAAAAGGAUGAAUACAUGAAAGAUAUCGAUACUAGUAUUUCUAGUAUGGAGAGUGCUUUAAUUAAAGCAUUUGCAGAAGUUAUCAAGGAAUUGUGGUCAGAAGAUUCAUCCGAUAAAGUAGUGAACACAGUCUCUUUUUAAAAAGUCAGAUUCAGAGUUUUGCCCCUCGAUUCAUGGGUCAUGCGCAUCAAGACGCCCAGGGGUAUCUUCGUUAUCUUUUGAAAGGUAUGCAUGAGGAAGUUGAUAGAAUUGACGGAAAAUUGGGCGACAGGAAAAAAGCACCCGGCUCGAAUAUUUGAGAAGGGACAAGUCAAAAAUUGUAGAUAAUUUCAUUGGUCAGGUGCACACACUGUGGACACUCAUCAGUAACCUUCGAUUCUUUCUGGGAUCUGUCUCUCCCCAAGCCACAAAUAACUGGCCAACUGAGAUUGUCGCAAUGCUUGGAUUCCUUCACAAGAGAGGAAAUUCUGGAUGGAGAUGAAAAACCGACGUGUUCAAGGUGCAAGAAAAGAAGACAAUGCACAAAGUCCCUAUUAAUCCAUAAGUUUUCCCGUAUUUUACCGAUUUAUUAGGAAAGAUUAUCUCCAACAGAAAGAUUCAGAGGCAAAUUAAAUACUACCAUCGACUUUCCUCUAGAAGGAUUAGAUAUGAGCAAUUAUGCAGCAGACAAUGUGGCUCCUUGUCGUUACAAUCUAUAUGCACUUUCGAUUCCCAGUGGGACUACUCACAGCCGGCAUUACACAGCAUACUGCAGACACAUCUACGCUGGUACUUGGCACGAAUAUAACGAUUUUCACGUGUAACUAAAAUUCCUUGUAAGUGGAGAGACAUUUGUCCUCGUUAAGGAAUAGGAGCAAAGAAUGCUAAGCCCAUAGACGCUCAUAAGUAGGAUUUUAGUGUACCCUAAAAUUUAUAGUACCUACUCUGACCACCAGAGAUCGAUGGCAGUACCAUGUCGGUAUUUAUUGUGGUUACCAACAGAAUUGGGUAGUAGUCGCUGGAAACCAGUCGGCCGGAUCAUACCAAAGUGGGGAUGUACGCCAAAAUUAAAUAAAAAGGCCGACUGGUUUGUCUGCGACUGCCAUCGCUCUCUGGUGGUCAGAGUAGGUACUAUAAAUUCCGAGCCGAUAGAAAAAAGUGCCUUGCUCAAAUAUUUGAGAAUGGACAACACUAAGAUUGUAGAUAGUUUUGUUGGUCAAUUGAAAUGCACGAUGAAGUGCACACACACACACUGUGGACACUCAUCAGUAACCUUGCAUCCUUUCUGGGAUCUGUCUCUACCCAUGCCACAAAUAACUGGCCAACUGAGAUUGUCGAAAUGCUUGGAUUCCUUCACAAGAGACGAAAUUCUGGAUGGAGAUGAAAAACCGACGUGUUCAAGGUGCAUGAAAAGAAUGCACAAAAUCCCUAUCAAUCCAUAAGUUUCCCCGUAUUUUAGUCAUUCAUUUUUCAAGAUUCUCCCUAACGGAAAGAUUCAGAAGCAAGACUUUGCUCUGGAAGAAUUAGGUAUGGGCCAUUAUGCAGCAGACAAUGUGGCUCCUUGUCGUUACAAUCUAUAUGCACUUUCGAAUCACAGUGGGACUACUUGCAGCGGGCAUUACACAGCAUACUGCAGACACCUCUACACUGGCACGUGGCGUGAAUACAACGAUUCUCACGUGUAACUAAAAUUGCUUGUACUUGUACAUUGUACUGCCAUCGCUUUCUGGUGGUCACGGUAGGUACUAUAAAUUUCAGGAUACAUUAAAAUCGUACUUAUGAGCUUCUAUGGGCGUUGUAUUUUUUGACAGAAGGGAACGAAGUCGCACCUUUGAGGUGUUAUAGAUUUUGCUUCCCAAUUGGAUUUUUUUCAUAGUUCUAAUGCAAUGCAAAUUCAAUUUCUAUUACUUUGGCUUUUGGAAGAUACCCAGUAGCUUAUUGGUCUUUGGAGUGGAAUGGUUUUUGGAAAUCUCCCUCAGACUAGUUCGACCCAUGAAUAGUGCUUUGAUUCUUCUAGAAGUAAAUUGAACCUCAUUGAUCUGAAGUGAUAAACGACCUCUAAAUGAGACUUUCAAAGUACAAUAUUUUUUAAUGAGUAAUUUAUGAAAUCGCAACUAAAUACUCUGGCUGAUCGUGACUAACCAAUUGAAAUAUUUGUCCAUUUUCAUGUCCUGUGUCAGAAUUUUGACUGAGCAAUUUAUCAUCUGAUGAAUCAAAUGUUUGAUGUACUGUGUUGAAUUUGUCAUGGUAUCCGAUUUAGAAUUAAUAUGCAAAGAUGGUACAUGAAUAGUUACAUUAAAAAACGGCAAUUUUUCAUUUAUUUAUUCUUUUGAAAUAGCAACUAUACACUCUGUACUGAUAUUUUCUUUUGUGGAUUGUAUUGAGCAUUCAUUUCUGGUAGAAUAACCCAACGGUGGGUAGAGACUGUCUUCGAAUUUACUGAUGUUUCAUGGGUUAUAUUGUGGUGGUAACCUUUUCUACUUGUUGCGGGAUUACUGAAUGUUCCCAGAUUGUAUAUACUUGAAUAUCUUCCAUUAAAACUAUAUCUUAGUUA